UCUCAUCCCCAACCAUUUUAUUCUGGCUCCUGUCACAUUCCUUCCCAGUCCUAAUGAAGGGUCUCAUCCCGGAACACCGACUGUUUAUUUCCCCUGAAUAGAUGCUGCCUGACUCACUGAGUUCCUCCGGCAUUUUGUGUGAUAAUCGGGUUUGAUCACCUGUUACUUUUGAAGCAUCUUUGUUUCUAUUUCCUUCACUCUCUGACUUCCAGGAUCAGCUAAAAUCUUCCUUAGACUCUCUCACAAAAAAGGAAUCAGACUUCCAGGAAAAGGAGCAGCAACAGAAAGAGAAGAUUUCCGGAGUUCGGGAACAGUCACACAGCCUUCAGUCCCACGUCACAUCCCAGUUUGCUGAACUGCGCCAGAUUAUCACUGAGAAAGAGCAGAGCUUACUCAGGGAUCUCAGGGAAGAAGAGAAGAGGAUUCUCAACCCAAUGGAGAAAAAUCUUCUAGCUCUUCAAGAGAAUAUAAGGAUUAUUCAUGAGGAAGUCACUAAGUUAAAGGAACAGAUGGAUCAGAAAGAUGGUGUGAUAUUUCUCAAGGAGGAAGCUCGUCGGAACAGAAGGAUUAAUGACGAUGUCCAGGAAUUGUCAGUGACAGAUGAGACCCUACCGGUUGAAAAAUUCGAUCACCUCUAUUUGUUGAACACAGUGCUGAGAGAAAUGCUUGAUGCUAUUAAUCGAGUCUCUGUCACCCUGGAUGUGGAAACGGCGAGUCCGUGGCUCGAGGUGUCUGAGGAUCGGAAGAGUGUGAGAUGUACCCGGACCCGGAGGAAUCUCCCUGACACCGGGAAGAGAUUCACAGACUGGGAAUGUGUGCUGGGAUCGGAGGGAUUCACAUCGGGGAGACAUUACUGGGAGGUGGAGGUGACGGGGAAUCGGUUCUGGUUUCUGGGAGUUGCCGCAGAGUCUGUGGAGAGGAAGAGACGGGUCAGUCUGAGUCCGGAGACCGGAUUCUGGGUCAUCGGGCGGUUUGAUGACGUGUUACAUCGGGAUUGUGACGUGUCCGGUCGCCCCUCCCCCGAGUCCCGUCUCGCUGCCGGUCCCAUCCCCGGGAGGGUGGGAGUUUAUCUCAGUUACGAGUCCGGGACAGUUUCAUUUUACAACGCGGACACCAAGUCCCAUCUCCACACCUUCACUGGGAAUAAAUUCACGGGGAAACUUUAUCCUCUCUUCGUGACCUGGGAUGUGAACCAGUGGCUGAGAAUCUGCUCCGGUUCCGCUCCGGGUCUGUAAAC